AGGUUUUUAAAAAGUCUUCUAAAGAUACAGAACGAAGAAGGUCAAAUCACUGAGCUUUACAUUCCAAGGAAAUGUUCAGCGACAAACAGGUUGGUCACAUCAAAGGAUCAUGCUUCUGUGCAGCUCAACAUUGGCCAUCUCGAUGCUGAUGGAAUCUAUACCGGCCAAUUCACUACCUUAGCUCUCUGCGGUUUUGUCCGUGCUCAGGGUGAUGCUGACAGUGGAGUCGACAGGCUCUGGCAGAAGAAGGAGGUUGAAACUAAACAACAUUAAGACCAGAAAAAGAAGCUUGUUUUCUACGUUUUAAAACCUUUGUUGUUUUUCUUGAUCCUGAACUUGUGUCUAUUUUUUUGUUUUUACUGCAAUGAUAAUGUUGGUUUGAAAGACGUUUCAAUGCAAUGAGAUGGUCUGGUUCUUA